AUGUCUCGCAAGAAGUCUGCCAGGGGCAAAGCGGCGUCCAGCAGCCCGGCCACCGGCAGCCCCCCCGCCGGGAAGGCAGCGCGGAGCAGCCCGGCCAUGGUGCAGAUGAACGGAGUGGUCCAUCCCAGCAGACCGUCCAUCAGCAACAGCAGCGAGUUCUACGACAUCGCUUUCAAGGUGAUGCUGGUUGGAGACUCUGGCGUUGGGAAAACCUGUCUCCUGGUCCGCUUCAAGGACGGAGCGUUCCUGGCGGGCAGCUUCAUCUCCACCGUGGGCAUUGACUUCAGGAAUAAAGUCCUGGACAUCGACGGAGUCAAGGUGAAGCUCCAGAUAUGGGACACCGCCGGACAGGAGCGCUUCCGCAGUGUCACUCACGCCUACUACCGGGACGCCAACGCUCUCCUUCUGUUGUAUGACGUCACCAACAAGACAUCCUUCGACAACAUUCAGGCGUGGCUGACCGAGAUCCAUGAAUAUGCCCAACAGGACGUGGUGCUCAUGCUGCUCGGAAACAAGGCGGAUGCCACUCACAACAGGGUGGUGAAGAGAGAAGACGGAGAGCGGCUUGCUAAGGAGUUUGGAGUUCCCUUCAUGGAGACCAGCGCCAGGUCGGGUCUCAACGUGGAGCUGGCGUUCACUGCUGUGGCUCGGGAGCUGAAGCACAGGUCCCUGAAGGAUCCCAGUGAGAAGUUCAAGCUGCAGGAGUACGUCAACCAGGAGAAGAAGGGCACUGGGUGCUGCAGAUCUUAA